GAGAGUCAUGAACACCUUGCUCGAGCGGCUCCUGAAGAAGAGCAGCAUUGGCCCCCAACUGCUGCGCUGUGAAACCACAGCCUUCAGGCCAGGGAGGCAAGGGGCCGGGACGGGGGUGGACGCCGUCUGCACCUACAGGAAGGAGCCCUCUGGCCUGCCCUUGGACAGGGUGGGCCUGUACCACGAAGUCAGCAACAAGACCAAGGGCAUCACUCAGCUGGGCCCCUACAGCCUGGACAGGGACAGCCUCUAUGUCAAUGGUUACAAUGAGCAGCGAGUCCUGACCACUCCCAGCCCCCCAACAACGACAGCUGCAGCCCUCGAGCGUUUCACCAUCAACUUCACCACCACCAAUCUCCCCUACAACUCUGACCUGGACAAUCCUGACUCAGCUAAGUUCAGCAGCACACAGAGAGUCAUGAACACCUUGCUCGAGCGGCUCCUGAAGAAGAGCAGCAUUGGCCCCCAACUGCUGCGCUGUGAAACCACAGCCUUCAGGCCAGGGAGGCAAGGGGCCGGGACGGGGGUGGACGCCGUCUGCACCUACAGGAAGGAGCCCUCUGGCCUGCCCUUGGACAGGGUGGGCCUGUACCACGAAGUCAGCAACAAGACCAAGGGCAUCACUCAGCUGGGCCCCUACAGCCUGGACAGGGACAGCCUCUAUGUCAAUGGUUACAAUGAGCAGCCAGUAUUGACCACUCCCAGCCCCCCAACAACGACAGCUGCAGCCCUCGAGCGUUUCACCAUCAACUUCACCACCACCAAUCUCCCCUACAACUCUGACCUGGACAAUCCUGACUCAGCUAAGUUCAGCAGCACACAGAGAGUCAUGAACACCUUGCUCGAGCGGCUCCUGAAGAAGAGCAGCAUUGGCCCCCAACUGCUGCGCUGUGAAACCACAGCCUUCAGGCCAGGGAGGCAAGGGGCUGGGACGGGGGUGGACGCCGUCUGCACCUACAGGAAGGAGCCCUCUGGCCUGCCCUUGGACAGGGUGGGCCUGUACCACGAAGUCAGCAACAAGACCAAGGGCAUCACUCAGCUGGGCCCCUACAGCCUGGACAGGGACAGCCUCUAUGUCAAUGGUUACAAUGAGCAGCGAGUCCUGACCACUCCCAGCCCCCCAACAACGACAGCUGCAGCCCUCGAGCGUUUCACCAUCAACUUCACCACCACCAAUCUCCCCUACAACUCUGACCUGGACAAUCCUGACUCAGCUAAGUUCAGCAGCACACAGAGAGUCAUGAACACCUUGCUUGAGCGGCUCCUGAAGAAGAGCAGCAUUGGCCCCCAACUGCUGCGCUGUGAAACCACAGCCUUCAGGCCAGGGAGGCAAGGGGCCGGGACGGGGGUGGACGCCGUCUGCACCUACAGGAAGGAGCCCUCUGGCCUGCCCUUGGACAGGGUGGGCCUGUACCACGAAGUCAGCAACAAGACCAAGGGCAUCACUCAGCUGGGCCCCUACAGCCUGGACAGGGACAGCCUCUAUGUCAAUGGUUACAAUGAGCAGCCAGUAUUGACCACUCCCAGCCCCCCAACAACGACAGCUGCAGCCCUCGAGCGUUUCACCAUCAACUUCACCACCACCAAUCUCCCCUACAACUCUGACCUGGACAAUCCUGACUCAGCUAAGUUCAGCAGCACACAGAGAGUCAUGAAUACCUUGCUCGAGCGGCUCCUGAAGAAGAGCAGCAUUGGCCCCCAACUGCUGCGCUGUGAAACCACAGCCUUCAGGCCAGGGAGGCAAGGGGCCGGGACGGGGGUGGACGCCGUCUGCACCUACAGGAAGGAGCCCUCUGGCCUGCCCUUGGACAGGGUGGGCCUGUACCACGAAGUCAGCAACAAGACCAAGGGCAUCACUCAGCUGGGCCCCUACAGCCUGGACAGGGACAGCCUCUAUGUCAAUGGUUACAAUGAGCAGCGAGUCCUGACCACUCCCAGCCCCCCAGCAACGACAGCUGCAGCCCUCGAGCGUUUCACCAUCAACUUCACCACCACCAAUCUCCCCUACAACUCUGACCUGGACAAUCCUGACUCAGCUAAGUUCAGCAGCACACAGAGAGUCAUGAACACCUUGCUUGAGCGGCUCCUGAAGAAGAGCAGCAUUGGCCCCCAACUGCUGCGCUGUGAAACCACAGCCUUCAGGCCAGGGAGGCAAGGGGCCGGGACGGGGGUGGACGCCGUCUGCACCUACAGGAAGGAGCCCUCUGGCCUGCCCUUGGACAGGGUGGGCCUGUACCACGAAGUCAGCAACAAGACCAAGGGCAUCACUCAGCUGGGCCCCUACAGCCUGGACAGGGACAGCCUCUAUGUCAAUGGUUACAAUGAGCAGCCAGUAUUGACCACUCCCAGCCCCCCAACAACGACAGCUGCAGCCCUCGAGCGUUUCACCAUCAACUUCACCACCACCAAUCUCCCCUACAACUCUGACCUGGACAAUCCUGACUCAGCUAAGUUCAGCAGCACACAGAGGGUCAUGAACACCUUGCUCGAGCGGCUCCUGAAGAAGAGCAGCAUUGGCCCCCAACUGCUGCGCUGUGAAACCACAGCCUUCAGGCCAGGGAGGCAAGGGGCCGGGACGGGGGUGGACGCCGUCUGCACCUACAGGAAGGAGCCCUCUGGCCUGCCCUUGGACAGGGUGGGCCUGUACCACGAAGUCAGCAACAAGACCAAGGGCAUCACUCAGCUGGGCCCCUACAGCCUGGACAGGGACAGCCUCUAUGUCAAUGGUUACAAUGAGCAGCGAGUCCUGACCACUCCCAGCCCCCCAGCAACGACAGCUGCAGACCUCGAGCGUUUCACCAUCAACUUCACCACCACCAAUCUCCCCUACAACUCUGACCUGGACAAUCCUGACUCAGCUAAGUUCAGCAGCACACAGAGAGUCAUGAACACCUUGCUCGAGCGGCUCCUGAAGAAGAGCAGCAUUGGCCCCCAACUGCUGCGCUGUGAAACCACAGCCUUCAGGCCAGGGAGGCAAGGGGCCGGGACGGGGGUGGACGCCGUCUGCACCUACAGGAAGGAGCCCUCUGGCCUGCCCUUGGACAGGGUGGGCCUGUACCACGAAGUCAGCAACAAGACCAAGGGCAUCACUCAGCUGGGCCCCUACAGCCUGGACAGGGACAGCCUCUAUGUCAAUGGUUACAAUGAGCAGCCAGUAUUGACCACUCCCAGCCCCCCAGCAACGACAGCUGCAGCCCUCGAGCGUUUCACCAUCAACUUCACCACCACCAAUCUCCCCUACAACUCUGACCUGGACAAUCCUGACUCAGCUAAGUUCAGCAGCACACAGAGAGUCAUGAACACCUUGCUCGAGCGGCUCCUGAAGAAGAGCAGCAUUGGCCCCCAACUGCUGCGCUGUGAAACCACAGCCUUCAGGCCAGGGAGGCAAGGGGCCGGGACGGGGGUGGACGCCGUCUGCACCUACAGGAAGGAGCCCUCUGGCCUGCCCUUGGACAGGGUGGGCCUGUACCACGAAGUCAGCAACAAGACCAAGGGCAUCACUCAGCUGGGCCCCUACAGCCUGGACAGGGACAGCCUCUAUGUCAAUGGUUACAAUGAGCAGCGAGUCCUGACCACUCCCAGCCCCCCAACAACGACAGCUGCAGCCCUCGAGCGUUUCACCAUCAACUUCACCACCACCAAUCUCCCCUACAACUCUGACCUGGACAAUCCUGACUCAGCUAAGUUCAGCAGCACACAGAGAGUCAUGAACACCUUGCUUGAGCGGCUCCUGAAGAAGAGCAGCAUUGGCCCCCAACUGCUGCGCUGUGAAACCACAGCCUUCAGGCCAGGGAGGCAAGGGGCCGGGACGGGGGUGGACGCCGUCUGCACCUACAGGAAGGAGCCCUCUGGCCUGCCCUUGGACAGGGUGGGCCUGUACCACGAAGUCAGCAACAAGACCAAGGGCAUCACUCAGCUGGGCCCCUACAGCCUGGACAGGGACAGCCUCUAUGUCAAUGGUUACAAUGAGCAGCGAGUCCUGACCACUCCCAGCCCCCCAACAACGACAGCUGCAGCCCUCGAGCGUUUCACCAUCAACUUCACCACCACCAAUCUCCCCUACAACUCUGACCUGGACAAUCCUGACUCAGCUAAGUUCAGCAGCACACAGAGAGUCAUGAACACCUUGCUCGAGCGGCUCCUGAAGAAGAGCAGCAUUGGCCCCCAACUGCUGCGCUGUGAAACCACAGCCUUCAGGCCAGGGAGGCAAGGGGCCGGGACGGGGGUGGACGCCGUCUGCACCUACAGGAAGGAGCCCUCUGGCCUGCCCUUGGACAGGGUGGGCCUGUACCACGAAGUCAGCAACAAGACCAAGGGCAUCACUCAGCUGGGCCCCUACAGCCUGGACAGGGACAGCCUCUAUGUCAAUGGUUACAAUGAGCAGCGAGUCCUGACCACUCCCAGCCCCCCAACAACGACAGCUGCAGCCCUCGAGCGUUUCACCAUCAACUUCACCACCACCAAUCUCCCCUACAACUCUGACCUGGACAAUCCUGACUCAGCUAAGUUCAGCAGCACACAGAGAGUCAUGAACACCUUGCUCGAGCGGCUCCUGAAGAAGAGCAGCAUUGGCCCCCAACUGCUGCGCUGUGAAACCACAGCCUUCAGGCCAGGGAGGCAAGGGGCCGGGACGGGGGUGGACGCCGUCUGCACCUACAGGAAGGAGCCCUCUGGCCUGCCCUUGGACAGGGUGGGCCUGUACCACGAAGUCAGCAACAAGACCAAGGGCAUCACUCAGCUGGGCCCCUACAGCCUGGACAGGGACAGCCUCUAUGUCAAUGGUUACAACGAACCACUUCACAGGCCAGCUCUGAGAACAACUGCUGCCCCCAGGCCAACAGGCAGGAAUUUCACUCUGAAUUUCACCUUGACCAACCUGCGCUACACAGCAGACCUGAAGGACCCAAGGUCCCGCAGAUUCAUCUCCACAGUCAAAGUCAUCAACCAUUAUAUUGACCUCCUCCUCAAAAGCAGCAGCAUAGGCUCUGUCUACACAGGAUGCAAACUGAUGAGAUUCAGGUCUGGCAGGCCCAGGGAUGACACAGGCAUAGACACUGUCUGCAGCUACCAAGCCAAUGCCAGCCUUGCCAAGUUUAACAGAGAAAAGCUUUACCAUGAGCUGAGCACCAUGACAGAGGGUGUCACCAAACUAGGGCACUACACCCUGGACAAGAACAGCCUCUAUGUUGAUGGUUUCCCCCUGACAGAAGCAGCUGUGAUCAGGAAGCCUGCCAGGAGUGAGGCUCCAGCCAAGCAGGGCUACAGGCUGAGCUUCAGAAUAGUCAAUGAAAAUCUGACCAACCCAGACUCUCAGUCUCCAGAGUACAAAGCAGCAGUGGAAAGCAUCAGCCACAAGUCAGAGCCCAGCAUCAACAGGGCUGAGGUUGAAAGGGCUUUCCAGGAUGGGGCUUCCAACACAACUGGCCUGUGGCUGGGAAGCAGCUACCAGCUGCAAGGAUUCUCAGUGGCUGGCUUGGAACUAGCAAUUGAGGCAGUAACUCACAAACCCCCCCUCAAGUCUGGGAGAGAGAACUUCAGAUUACACUUCAGAAUCUCCAACCUGCCCUACUCCCCAGAGCUGCAGGACCCCAGCUCCCAGAGAUACCAAAUGAACAAAGAGAACAUUGAGAAAGAGCUGGAAGUAUUCAGGACCAGCAGCCUGAAGGACUACUUUGUUGGCUGUACUGUUGAGAGCUUUGGGCCUGUCCGUGGGAAGCCUCACACAGACGUGGUCUCCAUCUGCAAAUUCCUUGUGGACUCCUCGAGGACCUUGCAGAAGCAGGAGGUGUAUGAGGAGCUGACACGCCUGACACAGGGCUUCACCAAGCUGGGCUCCAGCUAUGAGCUGGAAGAGCAGAGUUUGGUGGUUGAAGGUUACUCUCCAAUCAAGACAGAAGAACACCAGUCUGGAAGAUUUGGUGAGUGA